AUGAAAGAAGGGUCUGACUAUGUCUCAUCAACCGGAAGUGACGAGGAGUCUGCUGUCGAGCCAUCACACCAUACACAAUCCACACCAUUUGUUGCUCACAACAUUGGUAACGGUGAAAAGUACUCCUUCCGAGAGGCUCUCAGAGAUGUCCUUCACAUGGUUCCAGACGAAAUCUACACUCGCGAUUUGCUCCGCCCACUCGAGGGUGGUGGUCAAGAUCGUCUGAAAGAGUUGGGUAUCAGAGCUAGGGCUUUCCAUAAAUUCUUCACCGUCUGGGAGGCACUUCAUGUUGUUGCUGAUACAAAGCUGACCUAUGUCCGCGACGAUGUCAUCAACUACCUAGAGAAUGCCCCUGAGAAAGAACUUGCCGAUGUCUCAGACCUGGAGCGCGGAGACAUCAUCAGAGCCUACGAGAGGUACAGAGCAUUCUUGGCAAAAUUGUCGAGUAUUCUUUACCCAUACACAUCUCCUUACUUUGCGGACCAUUUGACUCUCCAUGCACACUUCCGCAAUGGUGGUCGUGGUAUUGUUCUCUCUGGCAAUGACAAGCAAGCGCCCUUUAUCUUGACUUCGAUCAUGUCCUUCCGCAAGCUGGGAUGUAAACUUCCAGUCGAGAUCAUGUAUCUCGGCGAGAACGAUCUCAACGAUGAUUGGAGGAUGAGGCUUGAGUCCAUCCCUGGCGUUGUCACUCGCGAUUUGAGUCAGAUGGUUUCUGACGAAGGAUGGGAGCUCAAGGGAUGGGCAUCUAAGGCAUUCGCUCUACUCAUGUCUAGCUUUCGCGAGGUUAUCUACCUUGAUGCCGAUACCUUGUUCUUUGUCAACCCUGCAGAGCUGUUCGAAGAUCCUGGCUACAUCGAAACUGGCGCUUUGUUCUUCCGCGACAGAGUUUACGCUCCUUCGUCUCGCAAGCAGUGGCUCAAAGACAUCCUUCCCAAGCCUAUCUCGAAGAAAGCGCAGACUUCUCGUUACUGGACUGGUGAAAGUCGUGAGCAACAAGAAUCCGGUUGUCUUGUUGUGGAUAAGUGGCGUCAUCUCGUUGCUAUGUUGACUGUCACCCGUAUGAAUGGGCCUGAUCGCGAUGAUAAUGCCAAGACUGGUGCUAAAGGCGUCUACUCGCUAUUCUAUGGCGACAAGGAGACUUUCUGGCUCGGCUGGGAACUUGCUGGAGACACAGAUUACUGGUUCAACGAAGGUGCCGCUGGCAACAUGGGUGUUGUGUCUGAGCACCACGACGCAGAAACCCAAGACAAAUCGAACCAAGGUGCAGAAACUGACAAAGAAACGUCCCUCACAAAACGCGACGACAAAGUCCACGAACUCUACACAGUCUCCUCACCACAACUCUUGCAUCUCGACCUCAACAACCGACCCCUCUGGUUCAACGGCUGGAUCCUCGAUGACAAGUACGAAGAAAACAAACACGUCAAUGUUAGCACCUGGGACGUAUACCUCUCUGAAGUCAAGGAAACCCACGAAGCCGCAGAAUGGAGGAUCGGAGGACAUAACAUGGCAACAUUGAAGAGUAAUAAAGCUUUCGAGUUUACGCAGAAGGAAAAAGAUGUGUUGCAGAUGAUUGUGGAGACGGCGAGGGAGAAUGGGGCGUUGAAGCCUGGACAGUAG